AUGGAGAGUAAAAACAAUGGUGAGGCUGAUGGAAAGAAAUUCAUGCACAAGGACGCCCAUACAUACUUCAAUGGGUUCCUUGCACUUAGCCUUGAAAGAAUUACCGAGAAAAUCAGGAAGGUUGAGGAGAAGAUUAGUUUUUCUAGUCCUGGUGGUGCUGUCAAGAAUUUAUAUAUUGCUCAUCACUGGGAAAGAUUCUGCUACUUCACUACUGUAGCAGUUAUUUAUGUGGUGCAAGAGUUCUAUGUGAACCUGCUGGAAUCACCUGAAGAGGAGAUUUCGAUUUAUUUAAUUCUUGCUUUAACUGGCAUUUGGAGAUAUCGACUCCUGGACGUUUGUUUGAUCAUCUUUCAAAUACAAAAGGUAGCUACUCCUGGACGUUUUUUGGAUCAUCUUUCAAAUACGAAAGGUUUUAGCCUUCGCAUGUUGAAGUACUUGGUUCUAGAUGAGGCUGAUAGGUUGCUCAACAUGGACUUUGAAAAGGCUAUUGAUGAUAUUCUUAAGGCUAUUCCCAGUGAACGCAGGACAUAUCUGUUCUCGGCAACUAUGAAAAAAAAGGUUGGAAAACUUCAGAGGGUCUGUCUUAAGAAUCCUGUAAAGAUUGAGGCAUCCUCCAAGUAUUCUACAGUGGAUACUCUGAAGCAGCAAUUUCGUCUGGUCCCUGCCAAGUACAAGGACUGCUAUCUUGUUUACAUUCUGACUGAGAUGUCUGGAAGCACAUCUAUGGUUUUCACUCGUAAUUGUGAUUCUACACGACUUCUGGCUUUGCUCCUUCGGAAUCUUGGCUUAAAGGCGAUACCCAUCAGUGGUCAAAUGAGUCAGACAAAGCGACUGGGAGCUUUAAAUAAAUUCAAGGCUGGAGAUUGCAACAUUCUUAUAUGCACUGAUGUUGCUAGCGGAGGACUUGACAUACCAACCGUUGAUUUGGUCUUAAAUUAUGACAUUCCCAGCAAUUCUAAGGAUUACAUCCAUCGCGUCGGUAGGACUGCUCUUGUUGGGCGGUCUGUAUUAGCCAUCUCAUUAGUAAACCAGUAUGAAGUGGAAUGGUACAUUCAGAUAGAACAGCUUAUCAGAAAAAGGUUACCUGAGUUUCUAGCGGAGGAGGCUGAAGUUUUAUUUUUCUUGGAGAGAGUUUCAGAUGCUAAAAGAAUAUCUCAAAUGAAAAUUAAAGAAAGUGUGAGGAACAAGAAACAGAGGAAGGGUGGGGAUGAAGAUGAUGGAGAAGCUGAAAUGUAUGCCUUUAACACCAAGAAUGGAAAGACAUCUAAGCGAGGGAAAAUGUAGCUUUGAAGGAUCUUUGCACGUGAGGGGUUAUGCGCUUCUGGUUCUUUGUUAAUCUUAUUGUUUUUUUGGCUCCAUUUUAUUGGAGGUACAACCCCAAUUUUGGUAGAUUUCUGUUAUUCGUCUCCGACUCCCUUUAAUUGUAGAUUUCUGUUGUUAUUUGUCUCCGACUCCCUUUAAUUGUAAAACGUUAGUUGAUAAUUCUUAAAGAUGAGACUUAACUUAGG